CCUCCCUUCCUCUCUCUGUGUGUGGGAGGUUUCUUGUGGCAUCUAUAUAUAAGAACUCCACUGCUUCUUCUUACCCCUCCCUGCCUCUCUCUCUCUCCGCCUCCACUCUCUGAUUCUGGGGAUUUAAUCUGGCCUCUUUCCCGGCCAGUUCCAUUGGAGGGAGGGAUAUAUCCGGCCAGAGAAGGAAGUUCCAGUUCCAGGCGAUCAUCUGUGGGUACUACCAAUGGACGAGCACAUGGGGAGGCGGACAGUGGGCGGCCUGCUCUUCACCAAGGGGGGCUCCAUCCUGCUCUUCAGAGAAGACAGCUCCCGCCGCAAGCCCGGCUCCUGCUGCUCCCGCCACGCCUGCAGCAGCGCCAAGCACUCCACCGCCGACAAAUGCAGGCAAGCCCUCAACAGAUCAUCAUCAUCAGCAGCAGCAGCCAAGGAAUCAUCAACCCCGCGGAGAUCGUCGCAAAAUCUCAGGAAAUCCCCACAGGGGAGCAGCGGCAGCAGCAAUGCGGUGACGUCCUGCAGCGGAACGGAGACGAGGGAGGAGACCGCCGAGACGAGCGGCGGCGACCCUCCUGGCGCGGGGCGCGACCUGCUCGCGCGGCUCAAGGACCGGGUGAGCGCGUCCUCCAGGAAGCGGUCGCUGCUGGCCGCGGAGAAGAGCCCCUCUUCGUCCUCGUCCUCGUCUUCCUCGUCGCCGGGGGGAUUCCGCGGUGGGUCUUCGAGCCGGUCGGCGGCGUCGCGGCGGGCCGCGGCCCGGGUGAGGAAAGCGGAUGAGGGAUCUGGCGGUGCUGGGAGGAGGGGUUCGGAGAGGAGAAACGGCGGCGGUCAGGAGGCGGGGGUGGAGCAGCGGAUGGCGGCGAGGGGGGAGCAAGCGGCGGCGGCGGCGGCGGCGGGGGAUGGGUCGUCGUUCCUGUCCGGGUUCCUGGCGAGGUACAGGAGCGGUCUCCAUGGAGGCGGAAGCAGGCUGCCGUCUCUCGAGGACGGCAGCGAGGACUCCCGUGGGUACUGGCGCUUCGACGUCGAAGGCAGCGAAGAGCUGGAGAACUACUUCAUGCUCAGCGACCGGCACCGGGGGAUGCGGAUGGACAUCGACGGCAUGUCCUACGAGGAAUUGCUUGCGCUGGGCGACCGGAUCGGCACCGUGAACACGGGCCUUUCGGAGGACGCGCUGUCCAAGUGCCUGGCCCGGAGCAUGUACGCGCCCACGGCUCCUCCUGAGACGCACCAAGACUGCGACAGAAAAUGCAGCGUAUGCCAGGAGGAGUACACGGGCGGCGAGGAGGUGGGCGAGAUGGCGUGCAGGCACUACUACCACAUCGCCUGCAUACAGCACUGGCUCCGGCAGAAGAACUGGUGCCCCAUCUGCAAAUCCGUCGCCGUGAAGACCAACUAGCAACGCGCUUGCUUUCCUUUUGUUCAGUGUAAAAAAAAAGAAAAGAAAUUCUGCAUGCAUGUCUAGACACAAAUUUGUAUUCUUUUUCUUCUAGUACUUGUUUCUAGAAUGAAUCAUUUGUUUGGGCCUUCAGGAUUCUUGGUCUCCUUCGGUUCACAAGAUUCAGUGAAAAGGGAAAAGGAGACAGGAAAUAAACUCGAAGUGGGAGGUUUUACUUGCUCGGUAGUACUACUAGUUUCUUUUGUCAGUGUUCAAUGCAUGCCGUUUAUCUGUGCUGUACAUACUUUUCCUUUUGGUGAAAAUUGUGUUGUACA